UCAUUGGUGAGGGACGGUGGCGAGGCCCUCAGCGGCGGCCAUUUCCAACGAGCCGGCGGGGCGAAGAUGGCGACGCCCCUUGGGUGGUCGCAAGGGGGAUCGGGAUCUGUAUGUCUCGCCUUCGAUCAACUGCGGGAUGUGAUUGAAUCUCAGGAGGAACUGAUCCACCAGCUGAGGAACGUGGGCACCUCUCCCACCCAUCCCAGACCCUCCCUGAGCCAGGCUCUGUUGCAGAUGGUUCUCCAGGAUGAAAAUUUUGUCAGUAAAGAAGAGUUCCAGGCAGUGGAGAAGAAGCUGGUGGAAGAGAAAGCUGCCCACGCCAAGACCAAGGUCCUCCUGGCCAAGGAAGAGGAGAAGUUGCAGUUUGCUCUUGGAGAGGUUGAAGUGCUGUCUAAGCAGCUGGAGAAAGAGAAGCUGGCCUUCGAGAAAGCGCUCUCCAGUGUCAAGAGCAAAGCCCUGCAGGAAUCUAGCAAGAAGGACCAGCUCAUCACCAAAUGCAAUGGGAACCUGGAGUUCUUUCCUGGUAGAACCAGAGAACGUUUCUUCUGGGGCAUUUCCUUCCUACAGAGAUCAGCCAAGGGUUCUGAAUCUGUUUGUGGAAGCUGUGUGUGUGUCAUAGGGAAAUGGCCUUACUGCACCCCACCCCCAGAAUUUCCUGAACCCCUCCAAAGGGGCACAAGUCUUCAUCUGGGCCAAUUUGGUAAUCUCAACCUCACCCUGGCCAUGCUCCUUGCCCUAUUCUACCCUCCAGACCUCCCUUUGUGUGGUUUCACUUUGGUUUUGACAGUUAUAUGGUUCUUUUUAAAAAAAAAAAAAUUAUUUUGGGGGGACCAGCAGUUGAUGUAAUGGCUAUGUCACUGGACUCC